UUCUGUAAACGGAAUAGAGGUGAAAAUUUUGUUUAGAACAGCCCUUCAGGUGUAUUUUACUAGCUAUGGAUGUGAUGCUUUAACUUGUAAUAAUAAUACAUUUCACAUUUAUUUAAUAUCCGUUUAUCGGACACGGCGUGGGACUAUGUAUCGGAUCUAACAGCGCUGGACAGGUAUCUUUGAUGGCUGGCCAGGUCUUGGAGAUUCUGGAGGACCUGACAAAAGAAGAAUUUUUAAAGUUGAAGUUGUAUCUGAAUGAAGAGGUGCUGGAAAGAUGUAGACCCAUCCCACAGGGUCGACUGGAGGACCAAGGUGUGACAGGUGUCAUCACCUUGAUGAAGAGUUCCUAUGGUAACAAGAUGGUGCAGGUCACACUGGAGAUCUUAAGGAAAAUUUCGAGAAAUGACCUCGUUGAGAGACUGGAGAGCGCCCCUGACAACGAAAAAUGUGCUCCAACAGUUCAGGAUAAGCUGAAGUCUCGUCUGAAGAAGAAGUUUGAGUGCAUAUGUGAAGGGGUUGCCAAGCCAGGAAAACGCACCCUUAAGAGUAUUUACACAGAGCUCUACAUCACAGAGGGGGACUGUGAACGGGUCAAUAAUGAACACGAGGUGUUGGAGAUUGAAACAGCAACCAGGACACAGCCUACACAAGACACAGCAAUUAACUGCAACAACAUCUUUAAACCCUUAGCUGGACAAGACAUACCCAUCAGAACUGUGAUGACCAAGGGCAUCGCUGGUAUUGGAAAAACGGUCUCUGUGCAGAAGUUCGUUCUUGACUGGGCAGAAGGAAAAGCUAAUGAGGAUAUUGAGUUCAUGUUUGUCCUUCCUUUUCGGGAGCUGAACUUACUUAAUGAUGAGCAGCGCAGUCUCCUUGAGCUUCUGCAGGUAUUUCACCCUGAAAUGAAAGGGUUUGAAAACAUUGAGUCUGAAGAUUACAAGGUUUUGUUCAUCUUUGAUGGUCUGGAGGAAGGUCUUCAUUUCAGAAUCCAGGACCGCAACAUACUGUCUGAUGUAACAAAAAAAUCCUCAGUGGAUGUGCUACUGGCAAACCUCAUUAAGGGGAAUCUACUUCCCUCUGCUCGCCUCUGGAUCACCUCCCGACCAGCAGCAGCAAAUCAGAUCCCUCCAGAAUUCAUUGACCGUGUGACAGAGAUUAGAGGGUUCAAUGAUGAACAGAAAGAAGUGUAUUUCAAGAAAAGAUUCACAGAUCAGAGUCAGGCUGACAGAAUUAUCUCACACAUAAAGAAAUCCAGGAGUCUACACAUCAUGUGCCAUAUCCCAGCCUUCUGCUGGAUGUCUGCCACUGUUCUGGAGCGACUUUUGGGUGAAACUGAGAGGGGAGAAAUCCCUGAAUCACUGACUGCAAUGUACUCACACUUCCUGCUCAUUCAGGCCAAAAUCAAGCAUCACAAAUAUCAAUACCAGGAGACAGACCCACAGAAACCUCUGGAGCCAGUUAAAGAAAUAUUUCUCAAACUGGGGCAGCUGGCUUUUCAAUGCAUAGAAAAGCUCAAACCAAUAUUUUAUGAAGAGGACCUGAGAGGAUGUGGCAUUGAUGUCAAAGAAGCUUCGGUCUACUCUGGGCUGUUCACAGAGAUCUUGAAAGAGGAGUCUGUGCUGCAUCAGAAGAAAGUCUACUGCUUUGUGCAUCUGAGCCUCCAGGAGUACAUGGCUGCUUUGUAUGCGAUUCAUUCCUUCAUAAGCAAGACCUCCAGGGCAUUGAAGCCUUUUUUUGGUCAAAAGACUUUAGCAACUCUCCAUGAUUUGCACAAGAAAGCUAUUAAGAAGGCUUUGGAGAGUAAGAAUGGACACCUGGACCUCUUCCUCCGAUUCCUUCUGGGCCUCUCACUGGACUCCAAUCAGCGCCUUCUCCCAGGUCUACUGCCAGAGACUGGAAGCAACUCUGAGAGCAUCCAGAAAACAGUUCAGCACAUCAAGGUCUUUAAUGUGAAAGAUCCCUCCCCAGAAAGGUGCAUCAAUCUGUUUCACUGUCUGUCUGAACUCAACGAUGAUUCAAUUAUGAAGGAAAUCCAUGAGUACUUGAGCUCAGAAAGUCCGUCGGGUGAAAUGAUCUCACCUGCGCACUGUUCCGCCCUGGCUCACCUGCUCCUUGUGUCUGGGAAGGAGCUGGAAGAGUUUGACCUGAAACGGUACAACACCUCAGAGGAGGGGCGAAGGCGACUGGUCCCAGCUGUGAAGUGCUGCAAGAAGGCUGUACUCAGGGGCUGUAAUCUCACAGAGAAAUCUCUUCAGCUCGUGGACUCCGCCCUGCAGUCAGUCUCCUCCCCCCUCAGAGUGCUGGACCUCAGCAACAACAACCUGGGAGAUUCAGGAGUGGAGCUGCUCUGUGCUGGACUGAAGAGCACAAACUGUAAACUACAGACUUUGAGGCUCAGGGAGUGUAACCUCACAGAGGGCUGCUGUGAUGUUCUGGCCUCAGUCCUGCGUUCUCCUCACUCAGAGCUGAGAGAUCUGGAGCUCAGAGACAACGAGCUGCAGGACUCAGGAGUGAGAGCGCUCUCUGCUGGACUGGAGGACCCACACUGUAAACUGCAGAGACUGGGGCUGUCAGGCUGUGGAGUCACAGAGAGAGGCUGUGAUUCUCUGGCUUCAGCUCUGCGUUCAAACGCCUCACACCUGAGAGAGCUGGACCUGAGCUACAAUCACCCUGGAGACUCAGGAGUGAGAGCGCUGUCUGCUGCUAAACUGGACACACUCACACUGCUUGUAGACCAUGGAGGAGAGAUCAGGCUGAAACCAGGACUGAGGAAAUAUGCUGUUGCACUCACACUGGACCCCAGCUCUGUACACAGAAAGCUGUCUCUGUCUGAGGGGAACAGGAGGGUGAAAUGGGGGAAUGAGCAGCUAUAUCCCGAUCAUCCAAAGCGAUUUAGCAUGUAUCACCAGGUGCUGUGCCAGGAGGGGCUGUCUGAGCGCUGCUACUGGGAGGCAGAGUGGAGGGUGGAGAAGGGUGGGAAAUGGCCCUGUCUCGCAGUGGCCUAUGAAACGCUUGGCAGGAAAGGACGGGGUGCUGAAAUGCAGUUUGGACACAAUGACAAGUCCUGGAGUCUGUGCUGUUCUAAACAGAAGUACUCUGCCGCUCACAGAAAUAUCUCCACUGACAUACCUACUGCCCCCCCUUCCUGCAGAGUAGGGGUGUACCUGGACUAUCCGGCCGGCACUCUGUCCUUCUACAGCGUCUCCUCUGACACAUGUACCCUCCUGCACACUUUCCACAGCACCUUCACCCAGCCCCUCUACCCUGGGUUUAAACUGAAUAAGGGCAACUCGCUGUCCCUGUGCAUGCUGGGAUAGGUUCCUGGGUGUGUGGCUCUCGGUGUAAAAGAAAAUCUUAAUGUGCAAGAAAUUCCAGAAGUCGACCAGCUCAUGCCUGGGCACAGUGAGUGAGUCUGCUUGCAAGAGGGGAGUCAGUUUUAGAUCUGCUGUUAUGUACUGAUCCUGACAGAAUUUGACUUACUAGUGAGCUAGCAGAGUUAAGCCUGCUACACAAGGAGCGAUUGGAAAGAGCUCUUGGGGAAGUCUGUAUCGUAGUGGUCAAGGAACGUGACUGUGACAUACAAGUUUGAUGGUUUGAUCCCCAUUGUAGCCACAAUAAGACCCGCACAGCUGUUGGGCCCUUGAGCAAGGCCCUUAACGCUGCAUUGCUCCAGGGGAGGAUUGUCUCCUGCUUAGUCUAAUCAACUGUACAUCUGCCAAAUGCCAUUAAUGUAAUGUAAUGUAAAAGUCUUGUUCUUCAGACUCAGCUCUGAGGCAUGAUGGGACAUUAUUGCCCUGCUUCUACACAUGAGCCUGUUUUGCUCGACUGUCUGUGCUGUCCAGCUGGCUAUAGUUCCUACCUUCCCUAAAUUUGUCUGUGGAGAAUUUGAACAUGGGAAUAGCUCUGGAAGGUAAUCCUGGUUUGUUAAAACGAAAUGUUUGUUGACCUUAGGAGACUCCUUUUUUCCCUUUUCAAGCGAAUGACUUGCCACUAGAGAAACCACUCUGGAAAUCUUGCACAUUAUCUUACCUGAGAUUGUUUUUCUGCUCUUUACCGUGUUGGGAGUCAGGUAUGGGCAGUGUCCCUGUGGACGUUGUGAUCACAUGAUGCUAUGGGCAGUGUCCCUGUGGACGCUGUGAUCACAUGAUUCUAUGGGCAGUGUCCCUGUGGAUGCUGUGAUCACAUGAUGCUAUGGGCAGUGUCCCUGUGGAUGCUGUGAUCACAUGAUGCUAUGGGCAGUGUCCCUGUGGAUGCUGUGAUCACAUGAUGCUAUGGGCAGUGUCCCUGUGGAUGCUGUGAUCACAUGAUGUGGGUUUACUAUGCUUUAUUUUAAUGGGGACCAAAGAGUUUGCCCUUCUGUAUUUUUCUGCUUUUGUUCAGACUGGUAGAAAGCAGACGGAGAAAGGACCACAUCAGUUUACUGUACUUUUAUGCUUUCAUAAUUACUAAUUACAUUUUAAUUACUGUCCAUUUUGAUUUUGUUUUGUAAAAGCAGCUUGCGAUGGUGUAAUGUUUCUGUACUUGUCCUGUUUCUUGAGUCCCGAGCCAUUUAUUCCUUCCCCCGGUUCUAGCCUCCUUGUUCCUGAGUCCUUGCCCUUGUUUGUCUGGAUUUCCAGUUUUGACCCCUGCCUGCUUCCCUGGACUAUUCUUUUGUUGUUUUGGAUAUCUGUACCUCUGCCUUGUUGGACUGACCGCCUGGUUUUUGACUCUGGCCUGUUUUUUGACUCCACUCUGUCUGCCCCUGCUUUUGAAAUUAAACCUGCCAUUUUUUCUGCA